AUGUCUUCUCCCCUUUCGCUGAGCGCUGGAUCGCUGGCCCUCUCCCUGCUGGCGUCUUCUGCAGCUGCCCAUCCGUCACUAGCUCGUUCAACAAGCAAGGCGGACUAUGAGCUGGUGGAGACGUGGCAAGGGGACCAUUUUCUCGACUACUUCAACUUCCAUACGGGGUCAGAUCCCACCAAUGGCUAUGUCAACUACCUUGACCGCCAUAGCGCGGAAAGUGCUGGUCUUUUCAAGGUGAAGGAAAGUGGCAGUGUUUAUUUGGGCGUUGACCACAACACCACCCUCACACCCAGUGGGAAGGGACGUGACUCGGUGCGCAUCGGCAGCAAGAAGUACUACGACAAGUCGCUGGUGGUGGCUGACAUUGCCCACAUGCCCGGUGCUGCCUGCGGUAGCUGGCCCGCCUUCUGGUCUGUCGGCAAGGAAUGGCCCGGCGAUGGCGAGAUUGAUAUCAUCGAGGGUGUCAACUUGCACGACCACAACGAGAUUGUUAUGCACACCUCUGGGACAUGCAAGAUCGAGGAUAAGGGCAUGAGUGGUACUGUCAAUGCCACCGGCUGCGGCGAGGACCUGGGGCCGGUUGGCUGUGUGAUCAAGGGUGACAAGGGCAGCUAUGGCAACUCCUUCAACCGUCAGGGAGGUGGAGUGUAUGCCAUGCAAUGGACCGAUGAAUUUCUGAAGAUCUGGUUCUUCCCCCGCCGCUCCAUUCCUAAGUCGCUUUCCACGGGUAAACCCGACGUUACCGAGUUCGGUACUCCCAUGGCACUCGUGCAGGACUCGUGUGAUGUCGCCAACAGCUUCAAGCCUCAGUCUUUCACUUUCGAUGUGACUUUCUGCGGUGACUGGGCCGGUGGCGUGUUCCAUGAAUCGGGCUGCCCUAUGUCCGGCUCAGAUUCAUUCCAGAGCUGUAUCAAUCAUGUCGCCAAAAAUCCGGGCGAUUUCGAGCAGUCAUACUGGGAGAUCAACUCAGUCAAGAUCUACCAGACUGGCGUGAAAGACAAUGGAUCUGGCACACCUGGUCCUCACCGUUCUGCAACCCACGAGGCGACCGAGACCGCAGUGGAGACACAUGCUAGCGAAGCUCCCUCGUCUGUACACUCCGUGGCCAGUAUCUCCAGCCAGGAAACCCCAUCUGCCACAUUGACAGAUUUGCCCGUCAGCUCUCACUCAAGUCCCGCUCCAAACCCUGUGAUCUCGACAUCUGAAGCACCUGUCCAGGACACAACCACUGAGCACUCCCAUCCAAUUUCGGCUGAAAGUCUGCCCGUGAAGAGCACUAAAACUCGCUAUGUUACCAACUAUGUCACUUCGACCAAGACCAUGUGCUCCGUGUCUCAAAGUCUCGCCUACGCCGUUGAUGCUCCGACUAUCUCGACUUCUGAUCCACCUCCCCGCGUGACUGAGCAACCCGCAAGUGACAAGAUGGCGCCAUCGGCCGCACCUGAUGUCCCAACAGACCCUUCCUCAAGCCAAGGUUCUGCAGUGUCCGUUGAGCAGCCGAAGCCAGCAACACAUGUCGAUCAAACCGUGGCUGCUCCGGCUGUCACUCCUAAUGCCCACAAGACAAACGGCGACCCUACUGAGAUGGACGCUUCUGCCGAUGCAGUUUCACAAGGCCCACCAAAAGGGAAUGACGCGGAAUCUGUCGCAGACACCCCAGCUGUCAACCAAGUUUUGUCGAGCGCUGCCGCUGGUGCGUCGAGCUCUGUUCCCGGCACUGUUGCCCCUGACUCCCCCAGACUGCCAUCUUUGAUGGCCUCGCAGGCCUCGAAGCCUCUUAUCCACCCUCCCACCGGUUCGGCUACGCCCUCUCGCAGCCACACCCCAAGUACCUCGCCGUCUGGCACUAGCUCAGUUUUCACGGGCGGUGCCAGCAAGCUCUCGGGGUCUUUCUUGGCUAUUCUCGCUGCCAUCUGUGCUGAACUAAUGGCAUAG